CAAAAGAAAAGAUCCCACAGAAAAUUUUGGAGAGGAAGAACCAAGCCUAGGUAAGGACUAGUGUUGUAAAGAGUUUGAGUAUGGCUGACAUUUCUGUCCACUUCCUGAACUGAUGAAGAUGUUUAAGAGGUUUUUUGUAUAUUAUGUAGUACAUGCUCAAAACCAACAAGUAUAAUCAGGGCGCUUAUAUAAUUAUAUAAGUGCCCUGAGUAUAUACCACUUGCUUAUGACCACAUUUUAAAUUUUUCAUUUUUCUCAAUUGACAAAUUAACUUAAAAAGUCUGUUUAGUGUUUUAUCUGUAAAAUUAUACUAAAAUGUGUGAAGCCUCUUACUACACUUCACUGAAUCUUGCUACUCAAAAAUUAAUUUCUGAAUGUCCCAUUCUCUGUUAAGUUGACAGUGCCCAGUAUUCUUGGGUUUCAAUCACAUAAUAUUUUAGAGCAUAAUUUGACUCAAGUGGGAUCAAUAAUUGAAUUGAUGUCAACCAAAACAACAAAGAAACAAAAUGUUAGUUCUUUAAAUAUUGGUUCUGUCUGUAUAUUUCCAUAUAUAUAUAUAUAUUGAAAAUCAUUUUAGUGGACAAAAGCCGUGAAUUUCUCUUGAACUUGAGAUUCUUCAGAACAUUUAUUGGCAUCUGGAAUGUUGCAAUGAUGAUAUGUAUGAUCAUGUGAGUACUGGAUUAAAAUGAUUUGAUAUUUCAGUGAGUACUGGAUUAAAAUGAUUUGAUAUAUCAGUGAGUACUGGAUUAAAAUGAUUUGAUAUAUCAGUGAGUACUGGAUUAAAAUGAUUUGAUAUAUCAGUUGUUGAUGAAUUGCAAUCUAACAGGUAUAUAUAAUGUUGAAAGGUUUUUGUAGAUGGAAAUUUUGAGUGCACAUUUUUUAAUAUACAUUCUUAGACCUAACCAGAGGUAGCAGCGAAAAAUGCAACUAUAGACUAUAGGCUUUAAAUUUAUACAUGUAGUUGUGUUUUUUGCAGCUGCUCCUGGUUUGGUUUAGAAAUAUAUAAAAAGAUUCCACUCCAAAUUUCCAUCUACAAAAACCAUUCAACAUUUAGUACUAUCAAGUGAGAUGCCCCAAAUCCUGAUAUUUAUCCUAUUCUAAUCUGAUUUGUUUUCCAUUUUUCAGUUUUUUUGGUUCAUGA